GCCGCCCUCCCCCGGCGCCGCGGCGGGCGGGAGGAUGGAGCAAGGGUUGUCCGCCAUCACCCUCUACUGCGCGCCCGCCACCGGCCCCGCGGCCGCCGCCUGCGCCAUGGAGCCCGAGCAGCAACUUGCAAAUGGAGAUAGAGGCUUUGAGAAUGUGGAGCUGGGUGUCAUAGGAAAGAAGAAGAAAGUUCCAAGGAGGGUUAUUCACUUUGCAAGUGGAGAAACAAUGGAAGAAUAUAGCACAGAUGAAGAGGAAGAUGAACAAGAGAAAAAAGACCUGCUGCCUCCUGUAGAUCCUACAACGCUCACGUGGGGACCCUACUUAUGGUUUCAUAUGCUGAGAGUUGCCACAUCGACCUUAUCAGUGUGUGAUUUCCUUGGGGAAAAGAUUGCAUCUGUUUUGGGAAUAAGCACUCCAAAAUACCAGUAUGCCAUCGAUGAGUAUUACAGAAUGAAGAAAGAGGAAGAAGAGGAGGAACAGGAAAACAGGAUGUCAGAAGAAGCAGAAAGACAGCAUCAGGAGCAGCAGAACAAGCCACAGGCUGAGGCUCCUGUCCAAACAGAGCAGCCUGAAGCAACAACAAGUACUUCCUUUGUGAAUGUAAACUUCGAAAAUGAGGGAGAUUGCCAGUCUGUUGUGGAAAAUAAACAAGAUGUAGUUUCUGUCCCUACUUAAGUGAAAAGCUCUGUAUACUGUAGGAAAUAGAGAGUGUCAGGUGUCACAGUCUGGCUACAAGCAGAAAAAUAGGAUUAUAUUUGUUCAGUGUAAUACAACUUUUAGCAUUCUUAUUGAUCAGGAGAGAGCUAAGUGAUAUCUCUUCAUUCUGUCAGUCUAAUAAAGGCUGAGGCAUUCUGCCAAAUUGGCACUUCAGUUAAAAUGAAAAUUGUACUACAAACAUUUGGUCUAAAAUUGAAUUUCUUGUAAAGCAAGUAAAACAUUUAAAUUCUUGUCUGGCACUGUGGAUUGCAGAUGUAGUGCUCUUUGCUACUUCUAAACACCUAUUUCUGAUUUGUACACUGUUUGCAACUUGGCUCUCUAUGAAUAGAUUAGUAGGAAUCAAUAUCCUCUAACUCACAAGUCAGAGUAGCUUCUGAAUUCCCCUAUUUGUUGUCACUACUGUGUGCAUGUAUCUUUCUGUUACUGACACAAGAGAUGUUAGAUUUAACGUUAAUUAGAUUUAAGGGCCCAAUGAAACACUUUAUUGUUACUCUUAACUUUAAAGGAGCCUAUAAACAUCCCCGAGUACAUAGGUACUAGUAGCAGCACUGCUGGAAGCUGAUACUGCUCAGCCGUUCCAUUUAGUGCUGUAAUCAAGUACAGAACUAGUGUCAGCAUAAGAUGCUGUCCCUCUAGAUCCAAGAAUUAAUAGUGAACCACCUGUUCAAAUACUUCCCUACAUGCUCUGAAUUGGCAUGGAGAGUAAACUGAAGUCUUGCUAAAUUAGAGUGAAUGUGGUAGACGUUGUGUAUGGUACCAACCUGUAACUACAACUUUUUUUUUUCCUUUUUGUCAUACGAUACCUGAAUCAGUGUACCUAAUUAACCUGAACAGGCAGUUUGUUUAACGUUCAGUUAUGAGUAAGGAAUGUGCUAUUGCAGGUAUCUUUCCCCCCCUAGUGCAGAAUUCAUAAAUAACUGGAAGUCACAGAACCAGGCCUAUGUAUCGUCUUUUAAAUGAAAAACAAAAAAACUUGUUUCAGUAUUGAAACAAAACUCAUUCUUUUUUAAGUGAAAUGCAGUUUCACUCCAGUUUUUAACUGCCCCCAAUUACCAAUUAAAGGAUUUUAUUGCAAUGACUGUGAUCCUAGUUCUAAGUUGCAAAAGGUGAAUGGUUUACAUUGGGACAAUCAGGAGUCACUGCUGCAGGCAGGGAAAUAAGUAACUGUGUCCCAGUCACUUCCUUUGCAGAAUAUUUAUAGAUGAAUGAGCAGAAAGCUUAUAAUAUGUAGUAGCCAUUUGAAUAACUGUUUCUGUCCUUGAGAACUCAAAAAUUUCAAGAACCUUCAGUGAAUUUUUCUGUUGGAUGUCAUCAUACUUCCCCAGCCUUAUUCCCACUACCAGCUAACCAAGGAGCAUGCUGGAACAGCACAGGCCAGGAUCCUUGGGCAUUACUUUGCAGAGCUCAGUUCCGUAUUUCAGACAGCUCUCUGAACUGGUAUCCCAUAUAACGUAAAUUCUUUCUUCUCUCAUGCGCCCUUCUACACUACAGCACCUCUUCUGAGAAAGAUUCGGUCAUCUGUUUUGAUGCUCUGUUCUUUACCUUGUUUUGAAUGGUAAUACAGAGGGUGCUGACAGCUGUGUAAAAUCAUUCCACCCUGAAGGUCUGCAAGGGAGAGCAUGGAUCAGUACCUGGGGAAUACAAAGAAAAAUAUUGGGAGUUCUUGUACCGUGGCAAAGAGAAAGCCUCACUUAGCUCAACAGUGAAAACUUUAGAGCUGAAAGAUGCUUUGUUUUUCUGCCAUGAAAUUUAUGUCAGUUGUGUUUGUUUUCUUCUGUCCCUGCUGUCUGGUAUAUCAGAAAUACUCUCACUGCCUUGGGGUUAAACUUCUUUGUAUAAUAUGCUGUAUUACUCACUGUGCCUUAACUUAAUCCUUCCUUCAGUUGUUUUUUUUGCAAACCAUAUGAAAGUUGUUACUUUCAUAAUGGUUUAGUUUUUCUGUAAAUGCAUUAAUUGGUUAUUUUAUAUUUAAUAUAAUUUUUGAACUGAA